AUGGUUCAUAGAAAGCAACCGUUGAGAUCCUCAACCCUGGGACAGUUCUACUCUCCAUUGUCCCAGGCUAGUCACCAGCCUCGCGGGUGGACGUUAUGGAGUUUGCCACCGACUUAUCUGACGCCGGUUCAUCUACUAUCCAACCGCUGCAGCGGACUUUCCUCGCACAAGAUCGCCAUAUGCAUUAUACAUCCGACGUCGCAUGCAACAUAUCAGAAUUGUAAAGUUGCGGGAGCAUCUACGCUUUGUUUUGCAGGCAAGGGAGUUGAUGGCAACAACAGUUCAGUGCUCGAUUGCCACGUGUGUAGUUUCAUACAGUUUCACAUCGUGGCUAUCCAGCACGGCCUUGGUUGGAGUGUUUGA